GCAGGGCGAGAACUCCUGUUGAUUUCCUCCGCAUAUUCCAGUAAAGGCGCUCCAUAACGUAACGCUAUCUCCUCGCAUGCCAAGGGCCAUAUCACAUAAAAGCUGCGGAAGCCCGCUGUCAAAGUUCCGACCUUCACCGACCUUGCCAAACGGGAGUCACGUGACAAUCUUCCUUCAAUACUUCGAGCUUUUGGACAAACCGCGAGCAUUCCAAUAGGUCCUCGAGAUCGGGUGGACUCUUGGAAUGUUGUCGCUCAGUAUUCCUGUUCUGGCGUCUAUUGCCAUCUCAAUCGCUAUCAUUUACAAGUUCAUCUUCUACCCCACCUUUACCUCACCACUCUCCAAAAUCCCAAACGCACAUUGGUCCUCUUCUAUCUCUCCAUUUUGGAUACUCUGGUCGAGAUAUAAUUGUCAGGAGAAUCGGAGGGUUCAUGCUGCUCAUCUUAAGCAUGGAUCAGUUGUUCGUCUUGCUCCGAAUGAGCUGAGUGUGAAUGACGUUGGUGGAUUGAGGACCGUGUACGCAGGUGGGUUUGAGAAGGGACAGUGGUACUCGAUCUUUGAUAACUAUGGCGUUCCCUGCAUGUUCUCCUCGUGGCACUCUCGAACCCAUUCAGCAAGAAAGCGAAUGAUCUCGAACAUCUACUCCAAAUCUAAUAUACACAGCUCUACAGCUCUAGCAGAACAAGCAAAAGUCAUACUGUAUGGCCGCCUUCUACCGAUAAUCUCAUCCAUCUCAGAUUCAGCUCGAUCGGCAGAUGGUAUUGACGUUCACGACGUCUGGAAUGCAACGACGAUGGACUUCAUCACAGCCUACCAAUUCGGCCUUAAGAACGGAAGCAACUUCCUCAACAACGAGCCAUAUCGCCGACACUGGUUUGGACUCUACCACAGCCGCAAGACAUACACCUUCUUUUCCCAAGAACUUCCCCGCCUGAGCCGAUUCUUGAAACACUUCUACAUCAAUCUCACCCCAACAUGGGUCGAUGAUGCGAACCGAGAACUUGAGGCAUGGACUAAAGAUCGCUGCGAUGCUACAUCUGUUUAUGUCAAUGCUGGAGCUGCGGCCAAGGACUCCGAUCCAGCAAAUGAGCCCGUCGUCUUCGGCUCUCUACUCUCUGGCAUCGAAAAAGAAGAGAAGAAAGGCUCUGAAUCCGUGCUCAGCAACACGACACUCAGGUAUCCGGAGGCGAGUAUAGCAAGCGAAAUGAUCGACCAUCUUGCAGCUGGCCAUGAGACUUCUGGAAUCACGAUGACGUAUCUCUCAUGGCAUUUAUCCCAAGAUAUCGCUCUUCAAGACACUUUACGCAAGGAGCUCCUGACUUUGUCACCGAAUAUGCUUCUUUCAUCGUCCUCUGAGAAGAAUAUCCCCAGCUCCAAAGAUCUCGACGCUCUCCCCGUCCUCCACGCCGUAUUAAUGGAGACGCUCCGCCUUCGCGCCGCGAUCCCAGGCGGUCAGCCACGAAUGACGCCCUACCCCUCCUGCAGCCUCGGCCCUUUCACCGACAUCCCAGGCGGUGUCCGAGUAGGCGCUCAAGCUCACAGCGUCCACCGCAACGCAGAAGUAUAUCCCGAGCCAGAGAAAUGGGAUUAUAUGCGUUGGAUGGGUGCUGAGAAUGGAUACAGCGAGGAGCAGAAAAGGGAGAGGGAUAGGCAUUUUUGGGCUUUUAGUAGUGGUGGGCGGAUGUGUGUUGGGAGUAAUUUUGCAAUGUUUGAGUUGAAGCUUAUUGUCGGGGCGGUGUACUCGAAUUUCAGAACAUAUAUUGUGGAUGAUGAGGGGAUUGAGCAGACUGAUGGGUAUACAUGUGGUCCAGCGAGCAAUAAGCUCUUCUUAAGUUUUGAGAGAGUUGUUGAGCAGCCUUGAAUACGGAAGGCAAAUUUGGAUGGGAUCGAUGGCGUCUUAAGCAACUAGAUAUGAAGAGGAUUUAGAUACGUUGGAAUGGUUGGUUGGCCUUUCUGGAGGAUAUUGUUAGCGACUUCAAAAGGAGGGGCUCGCUUAUGGCUAAGUCAUAUGCAAAUCAAUCAUUUGAUUCAUUUACAAGUUGCUUCACUAGGGGGUCGUAAUCUAUGCCCCUCCAUAUACCGCUAUAGCGCUUUAGAAAAUAUCUCGUUUAUGCGCCCG